AUGAAUUUUGAGGAAAUUGAAGAGCGAGAUGGGAUCCGUUUUACUUGGAAUGCGUUUCCAUCAACUAGAAUUGAAAGCUCUAGGACAAUCGUCCCAAUUUCUGCUCUCUACAAGCCUUUAAACCCUAGACCUGACUUACCGCCAGUCCUUUAUGAACCGGUGACUUGUAAAGCUCCAUGCAAAGCAAUUUUGAAUCCUUUUUGCCACCUUGACACUCGUGCUAAAUUUUGGAUAUGUCCAUUUUGCUUGCAAAGAAACAUGCUGCCACCGCAAUACAAGGACGUAUCAAGCACUAGCCUUCCUUUGGAGUUACUUCCUGAAUUCUCUACCAUUGAGUAUACUCUUCCCAGACCACCACAACUCCCCCCUGUGUUCCUUUUUGUUGUGGAUUUAUGUCAGGAUCAAGAAAAUUUGCAAUCAUUGAAGGAUUCCCUUAUUAUUAGCUUGAGCUUGCUUCCUCCCGAGUGUUUGGUUGGUUUAAUUACCUUUGGUACUAUGGUCGAUGUUUAUGAGCUUGGAUACACCGAAUGUUCCAAAUCAUAUGUCUUCCGCGGAUCAAAGGAUUAUAGUUCUAAACAGGUGCAAGAGAUGUUGGGAUUGCCUGUUAGUUCUGCUGCUGCUGCUGCGCCAAUUGCUUUACAACAAGCUCGCGCCGUUUCUGGCGGUAUAACCGCCUCUCGUUUCCUUUUACCAAUUCAGCAAUGCGAGUUUCAGUUAACUAGCAUUCUCGAACAGCUUCAACCUGACUCAUGGCCUGUUGCUAAUGAUAGGCGCCCUCAGCGUUGCACAGGAACUGCUCUUAACAUUGCCGUUAGCAUGAUGGAAAGUAGCUGUAAUAAUAGUGGUGGCCGCAUUAUGGUUUUUGCUGGCGGUCCCAGUACUGUUGGGCCUGGUAUGGUUGUUUCCACUGAGCUCCGUGAACCUAUCCGUUCUCACCACGACGUUGAGCGUGAUCAAGCUAAGCAUAUGAAGAAAGCUUUGCGUUUUUAUGAAAACCUUAGUAAACGAGUUAGUGCCAAUGGUCACGUUGUCGACAUUUUAGCUGGCUGCUUGGAUCAAAUUGGUAUGAUGGAAAUGAGAAGCUUAUCUGCUAGUACUGGAGGUUAUUUGGUACUUUCUGAUUCCUUUACGACAUCUAUCUUUAAACAAAGUUUCCAACGUAUAUUUUCCCGCGAUGCUUUUGGACACCUAGCUUUAGGCUUCAAUGGCAGUAUGGAGGUGGUUACAAGCAAAGAAUUGAAGAUAUCCGGCCUGAUUGGAAAUGCCGUCUCGUUGAACAAGAAAGCCCAAAAUGUCGGUGAUACCGAAAUUGGUCUUGGUAAUACGAACAGUUGGAAGAUGUGUGGUCUAUCUCCUAAGUCUGCUUUUGCUCUCUAUUUUGAAGUUGCUACGCAAACCGCUGCUGCACCUCAAAGUAAUGAUAAGGGCUUAAUUCAAUUUCUCACCCUAUACCAACAUUCCUCUAACACUUUCCGUUUGCGUGUUACUACUUCGGCCCGUGCUUUCGCUGACGGUGGAAGCCCAUUAAUCAUUAAUUCCUUUGACCAGGAAACCGCUGCUGUAGCUAUGGCACGAAUUGCUGCUUUCAAGGCCGAAGUUGACGAUGGACCGGACGUUCUUCGCUGGACUGAUCGAAUGCUAAUUAAACUUUGCCAGAAAUUUGCUGAGUAUAGAAAGGAUGAUCCCGCUAGCUUCCGUCUCUCCUCUCAAUUUACUCUUUAUCCUCAAUUUAUGUACUAUCUUCGACGUAGCCCUUUUCUUCAAAUUUUCAACAACUCACCGGAUGAAACUGCCUUCUACCGUCAUAUGUUGAACAUUGAAGAUGUUAACAAUGCUUUGAUUAUGAUUCAGCCCACUUUACUUUCGUUUUCUCUAGAACAUCCUGAUGGUAAGCCAGUGUUAUUAGAUGCAGUUUCUGUAAAGUCUGAUGCAAUUCUUUUACUUGAUACCUUCUUCCAUAUUCUUAUUUUCCACGGUGAUACGAUUGCCCAGUGGAGAAACGCUGGUUAUCAUGAGAAACCUGAAUAUGCAAACCUUAAAGAAUUACUGCAAGGUCCUAGAGUUGAGGCUGCCGAAUUACUAGUUGACAGGUUCCCGAUUCCCAGAUUUAUUGUAUGCGAUCAAGGUGGUAGUCAAGGACGUUUCUUGCUUUCACGCAUUAACCCAUCAGAAACCCACAACUCUGCCACUAUUUAUGGUGCUCCUUCCGCUCAUGCAGUUUUAACCGACGACGUAUCAUUACAAGUAUUUAUGAGCCAUCUUAAGAAGCUUGCUGUUGCUGUUUCUUGA